CCGAGACCCGCUCACGGCGGAGUGCGGGAGAGCGGCCGGGGUGGUGGAACAGCGGCCGAGGCCGGGAUGGCAGCGCCGCUCGCUCGGCGCUGGGGAGCCGGCGUUGCCGGCCGGUGCUGGUUGGUGCUGAUGCCGCCCCUGCUGCUGGCGCUGCUGCUAGCGCGGUCCGCGGCGGCCCUGGUGGAGGGGCUCUACUGCGGCACGCGCGACUGCUACGAGGUGCUGGGGGUGAGCCGCACGGCGGGCAAGGCGGAGAUCGCGCGGGCCUACCGCCAGCUGGCCCGGCGCUACCACCCCGACCGCUACCGGCCUGAGCCUGGCGACGAGGGCCCCGGACGGACGCCGCAGAGCGCCGAAGAGGCCUUCCUGCUGGUGGCGACCGCCUACGAGACUCUUAAGGAUGAAGAAACACGAAAAGAUUAUGACUACAUGCUGGAUCACCCAGAAGAGUACUAUAGCCAUUACUACCACUACUACAGCAGGCGCUUAGCCCCUAAAGUGGAUGUUAGAGUUGUGAUUUUGGUCAGUGUAUGUGCUAUUUCAGUGUUUCAGUUUUUCAGCUGGUGGAACAGCUACGACAAGGCAAUCAGCUACCUAGCCACAGUGCCCAAAUACCGUAUCCAAGCCAUGGAGAUUGCCAAGCAGCAGGGGCUACUCAAAAAAGCCAAAGAGAAGGGCAGAAACAAAAAGUCCAAAGAGGAAAUUCGUGACGAGGAGGAGAAUAUCAUAAAAAACAUUAUAAAAAGUAAAAUAGAUAUAAAGGGAGGCUAUCAGAAACCCCAGAUAUGUGAUCUUCUCCUGUUUCAAAUUCUCUUAGCACCUUUUCACCUGUGCUCAUAUGUGGUCUGGUAUUGUCGAUGGAUCUAUAAUUUUAACAUCAAAGGCAAAGAAUAUGGGGAAGAAGAAAGACUAUAUAUCAUACGAAAAUCCAUGAAGAUGUCGAAAUCUCAGUUUGAUAGUCUAGAAGAUCAUCAGAAAGAAACUUUUCUUAAACGAGAGCUCUGGAUAAAGGAGAAUUAUGAGGUUUAUAAACAAGAACAAGAGGAAGAACUAAAGAAAAAAUUGGCAAAUGACCCCAGAUGGAAGAGAUACAGAAGAUGGAUGAAGAAUGAAGGGCCUGGACGGUUAACGUUUGUGGAUGAUUGAGGAUUGCUGAAUGCUACUAUGCUAAACCUUAAUUGUGAUAUUUUCAUAACUGAAUUAUUUUAGAAAUGUAUCAACUGCUCCUCAGCAGUACUUAAAACUCCUCAAAUAUGUGAUUAAACAGAAUAAUGUAGAAAUUUAAACUUCCCCUUAAAACUUUAUACAUAAGACAUUUAUGAUUGUUCAAUUUUUAUAACCUAUUUGUGGAUUUUGUUAAAUGAUCUGAAGAUUUACUUGUUGCCAUUUAAGAUUUUUAUAUGUUUAGUUAAAAGAUUUGACAUGAAAAUUUAUUAGAUACCAUUUAAAAUUUUUACGUGUUAAGUGUUUAUUCUUUACAAGUGCUUCCUUAUUCUUGGUUAUAGUGCUACAUUGUUCCGCUUCCAUGGCCUCUAAUAUUUUCACAAAACAUAAAAAAUUAUAACAGCAUUUAAUUACAUUGUGAGUGUCUUUAGACAUGAACUUCUUCAGCAAAAUGAUUUCAACUGUCAUGUCAUCUUCAUCACAGUCAUUCUAGGAUUGAAAUAUGUUCAAAAUACCUCUCUAGGAGAGUCUUCUGCCAGAAUAUGCUGAUACUAUUUUUCCCCCUGUCAUAAUAUUCUUAAUAAGAUCAGAAACUCUCCAAGAGAGUGAAUCAACCUUCAUGUCCUUGUAGGAUGAUCUUGAUUACAGUCAUUAUAAGACUAUAACUGUAUUUUCAAACAUUUUUUCCAGAAGACACCUUAAAAAGGUCUUUUGUACCAUAGUAUUGCUUUCCCAACCCCCUUCAGUUAAAAAAAAAAAAAUGACAGAGCAGAAAUAGCAUACUGAAAAGUUGUUCAUGUAUUACGAAGUCCUUGAGCCAUGGAAAAUCCAGCGUACGUGAGUGUAUUUACGUGCAUUUAAACCAGAAAGAGGAGGUGCAUGGCUGUGUGCUGUUCUUUCAAACAAUGAAAUAUAUGUUUUAUACAUGUGGAAGUGAAGUAAUUCACACAUAAAUUGACUGAAGCAAGUAUGAUACUGCAUCAAGGUAUCGAUACACAAUCAUGAUAGUGAAUCAGUACUCCUGUUAAAGGAUUUAUCUCAUUGCUUCAUAUUAAUAAAAUGGUUGCAAUAUA